AUUAAAAUAUUCUUUUGUCUGAAAUAUACAGGUUUGUGUAUUUAUAAUAGGCAUAUUAUAGGUUUAUUACUUCCCAAAGAAGUGUUCUACAUCGGUGUUUCAGUCUUGUGACAAAAAGCAAAAUGACGGAGCAGCAGUUGGACUGUGCGCUCGAUUUGAUGAGAAGGUUACCUCCUCAACAAGUUGAGAAAAAUUUGUCAGACCUCAUUGACCUUGUUCCAGAGUUAUGUGAAGACCUUCUGUCGUCUGUUGAUCAACCACUCAAAAUAGCUCGAGAUAAGCACAGUGGAAAGGAUUAUCUUCUUUGUGAUUAUAAUCGUGAUGGUGAUUCUUACAGGUCGCCAUGGAGUAACAAAUAUGAUCCACCCAUAGAAGAUGGUGCUGAACCUUCAGAUAGAUUACGCAAAUUAGAAGUUGAAGCCAAUUCUGCAUUUGAUUCCUAUAGGGAAAUGUAUUAUGAAGGUGGUGUAUCAUCUGUGUACCUCUGGGAUCUUGAUCAUGGUUUUGCUGGUGCAGUCCUCAUUAAAAAGGCUGGUGAUAACACGAAGAAAGUCAAAGGCUGCUGGGACUCAUUACACAUUGUGGAAGUUCUUGACAAGUCAGGUGGACGCAAUGCUCACUACAAGCUGACAUCCACUGUUAUGUUGUGGCUUCAAACAACAAAAUCUGCUUCUGGAACAAUGAAUCUUGGUGGAAGUUUAACUAGACAGGUGGAGAAAGACUGUCCAGUCAAUGAAUCGAAUCCACAUAUUGUAAAUAUUGGACGUUUGGUUGAAGACAUGGAGAAUAAGAUCAGAAAUACUUUGAGCAGUAUCUAUUUCGAUAAAACAAGGGAUAUUGUCAACAGCUUACGGUCAAGCCAGCCACUGUCUGACCAGAAAAACCAAAUCGAAAUGGUAAAGGAAUUGGGAAGUAAAUUGUCACAAAAGAGUGGAGGGGAAUGACCUGCUGCAUCAUCUUAUCAAGCAAAUUUCACUUGGAGAAAUAAACGUUAUAGACGGCUUUGGGGUUAUGAUUAUGACGUACCCCAGAAAGUGAAAAUGAUUUCCAUAUGUUUUCUCUAUUGUAUUUUAGACGAUCGGCAAAUGUAUUCGAUGGCAGAUUCAUAAUUUUUUUUCUGAAUAUUUCAACAGCCUUCUAAUUAUUAUCAUCUCUUAUAUUAUUUCUGCAUAAAUACAAUGUUCACUUUGAUGAUUUACUAUUUAAUUAUAAGAUUAACGCCGUGUCACUUAUUUCAAUAAAUAGAUUUAAGUAAAAUCACAUUAAGGCACAAAUUCAAAUUUUCUAUUGAGAUAAGCUUUCGGCAGCAAAAUGAUUGUAUUGCUUAUAUAAUAUAUCUACCAUAAUUGAAUACUGAAAUUACGUAAAUUAGAAAAACAACAAGGGCUGUGAAGUAUGGAAAAAUUUAGAAUUGAUUGUUGGGAAACAUUUUGUUAUGCUAGCAGCCUGUAAUAAACAGGUAUCCGUUUAAAUUUGAAAGUUACUGCUUUUGAAGAUAACAUAAAAAAUUUGGAUUUUUUUUAUCAACAUUCAAAAUUUGCAAUUUCGACUCACUCUGAAUCCACAGCCCUGGAAAUAAUAUUCAAAUAUACGGAUUUGAAAAUGGCCCAUCACUAGGUAGUGUACUAUUCUAACUUUAUAGUUGGUUUAUUAAAAUUGUACAAGUGCAAUUGUAAUGAGCGCUGGCCGAUGACCCCCUCCCAACUUUAUGGGGACGCUGUUUACUUUAUGUAGUGGGUUUAUUCUUAUUGGAAAAACUUUAAGGAUUUAAUAUAUAAAUAUGACUUCAACUUUUUAAUUGCUCGCAUGAUUUGCUGAAUUCAACACUAAUAACAAAAAAUAGUGUUAUCAAUUGAUCAGAAAGAUAAACUUUUUAAAGUAUGAAAAGGAAUAUAAUCAUUAUUGGAAAUUUUUUGUUUCAUGUUGACAAACAAGGAUAUUCGAAUUGUUUUAAUCGUAUGAAAAUUAUGAUUUAUCGCACUUCAAAUUUGCAUGGUUGAAAGAAAUGAAACUCGCAAUGAAAUAUGGAAAUCAGAAGAAUUUAAUUACCGGGUAGUUAAUAUAAUGUAAAAUCUUAUGUAUGUUUGGUCAAUAGGCUAAUUCUAGACAUUUUCAUGCUAAAAAGCAGUCAUUAGUAAGUUCCAAGGUCAUUGUAUAGGAUAGUUUUGUUGUUGACUUCCAAGGUUCAAUUCAAUUUCCUUUGGGCUUCAAUUUUUGCCAAUAUCUCAAAAGGGUAGAAGCUAAUCAUUGUGAGUGAAUCGUGUGUUUAUAUAUCGGCAUAUAAAAUUUUGUAACUUGAAUAUAUGUUCAUGAAUUAAGCUAACCGAGGUGUUCAUUUUUGUCAACCAACGGGAUUUGCCAAUGCAGGAAAUAUUCUGUAUAUCAACUUGCCCCAAAACCUGGUCUAUACUAUGAAUGAAUAUAUUAUAGUUAAUGAUUAGCAUCAGACUGAUUCAUAAUGUCAAUAAGUUUUGUAUCCAUGAGAUUUUGUAUCCUUUAUUGUAUGGAAAUAAAUUCUAUAACCAGGCAAAUGUA